CUUUUCCCAGAGUAACAGAGAAAGCCAAGAGCAAUCAUCCAUCGAUCCAUCAAUCAAUGGCGGAGAAGAGCUUCAAGUAUGUCAUCCUCGGCGGUGGAGUCGCUGCCGGAUAUGCAGCAAGGGAGUUCGCCAAGCAAGGGGUCCAGCCUGGUGAAUUGGCCAUUAUCUCGAAGGAGGCGGUAGCACCUUAUGAACGUCCAGCUCUUAGCAAGGCAUAUCUCUUCCCUACCGGAACUGCACGGCUUCCUGGAUUUCACACGUGUGUUGGUAGCGGAGGGGAGAGAUUGCUCCCUGAGUGGUACACUGAGAAGGGGAUCGAGUUGUUGCUUAACACAGAAAUAGUUAAAGCAGAUGUUCCUUCAAAGACGCUCGUAAGCGCUGCUGGGGAAACCAUCAAGUACGAGAUAUUGAUCAUUGCAACUGGUUCAACUGUGUUACGAUUGACUGACUUCGGUGUAGAAGGAGCUGAUGCCAAAAAUAUUUUUUACUUGAGGGAGAUCGAUGAUGCUGAUAAGCUCGUCGAAGCUAUCAAAGCAAAGCCAAAUGGGAAAGCUGUCAUUGUUGGAGGAGGAUACAUUGGUCUUGAGCUUAGUGCAGCUUUGAAGAUCAACAACAUUGAGGUCACCAUGGUCUAUCCUGAACCCUGGUGCAUGCCUCGGCUUUUCACAGCUGGAAUAGCUGCAUUCUAUGAAGUCUACUAUUCUAACAAGGGGAUCAACAUCAUCAAGGGAACAGUCGCAUCUGGAUUCACUUCCGACUCAAAUGGAGAGGUGAAGGAAGUUAAAUUGAAGGAUGGCAGGGUGUUGGAGGCCGACAUUGUUGUUGUUGGCGUUGGGGGGAGACCACUCACAGCCUUGUUCAAGGGGCAGGUCGACGAGGAGAAGGGCGGAAUUAAGACCGAUGGAUUCUUCAAAACAAGCGUCCCUGACGUGUAUGCUGUGGGGGAUGUUGCUACUUUCCCAAUGAAGAUCUACAACGAGAUCAGGCGAGUUGAACACGUCGAUCAUGCUCGUAAAUCGGCUGAACAGGCUGUCAAGGCCAUAAUGUCAACUGAGAACAUUGAAGAAUACGAUUACCUCCCCUACUUCUACUCGCGCGCCUUCGACCUCUCAUGGCAGUUCUACGGUGACAACGUCGGUGAAACCGUGCUUUUCGGCAACGACGACCCCAAGGCAGAGAACCCCAAGUUCGGCACAUACUGGAUCAAAGACGGGAAGAUCAUUGGAGCCUUCCUGGAAGGCGGUUCCCCCGACGAAAACAAGGCCAUUGCUAAAGUCGCCAGGGUUCAACCACCAGUUGAGAGCCUCGAUUCUCUGUCCACGGAAGGCAUUGCCUUCGCCUGCAAGAUUUGAGAGGCUGCUUCUCUUUGCAUUAUCAACAGACCGUCCUGUAUUCCCAAAUAGCUUGUCGAUUGUUUCCGAGAUCACUUCUGGGUUUCGUUUCUUCCGUUGUAUUUGUUGACAGUAGUAUGGAGGUGAGGAGUUUUCAUUUACCGUGACGGAUAUGGAUGUUCAUCUGAUUAAAGUACUGGUUUUUGCUUCAAUAAACAGGGGAAUUCGUUGCACGAGCCUUACAUCACAAUUCUCAUUAACACAGGAUACACUAAAACCAGAGCCUUGUAUCUUUGUAACAAAUUGGCCAACAGUCCAAAUGAAUUAUAAAUCAGUGGAGAAUAUGGGAGCGAUUUCACCAAGCCAGAGCAUCAUUCAAAGAGAGAACAAACAAAUUAUAAGCUACUAAGCAGAUAUCCUAAUUUUGAGCCAGAAGGUAACAACCAUCUUACUAAUCUAACCGUUUUGCGCAAAAAACCCGGUAAAACGGCAAAAGAGUUGUAACAGCCUCCUAAAAUAAGAUGUGCGGCCAAGAUCAUCCUCCUAAGAGACGGAGCAUCUAGGGUUAGAGUCGUUCAUCGGCUCCUUCCCUCCCUCCUUAUAAAAGCCGCCAGGCGAGAGAAGCUAACGCACUUCAAAGAUGAGAGCUUUAUAAAAAAGGACCGUAGAUCCAGGCCGGAUAUUACAAUCGCCGGCAAGUCACUAAUCUGUUUGUUUGUUUCUUUCUUCUUUUCAAUCUGAUUGAAACUGUGUUUCAGACGGCUAUAUGUACCAAGGGAAGGCGCGAGAAAUCGAGAUCGCCUCUCUCUUGAUGUUUGCCUAAUCGGCUGUAGCCAAAUCAAAUCCCAUUACAAGAGGUUUACUGGCCGGUUGUUGCUUCCCGUCGACAUAUCUGCUUACCGAGCUUCUUACAUUUCUUAGUUUCCGCAACUAAAAAACCCUACUUUCUUGUUUCCCGGUUCUUCUUCCCGGCAAAUUUGUUAUCCGAGAAGGAGAAAAGAGGGGAAGCGCAUAGGAAUUAGCCUUCCCGGCACAUUUGUCUCUACCGGCGACUAUCGUUAUUUUAGCUGGUGGGUCUUUCUGGAAAAAAAAAAAUGGAUUCUUCCUCAUGGUUGGAAGAAUUUGGGAGUUUUCGUCAUGACCUUGUGGGCAUGGCGGAGGCCAAGCUGAGAUGUGUUGUUCAGCUGAGGAAAUCAUGGGCUUGGAGUUUCAAUUACUUGAGGCAGGGACCUACUGCAGCUCUGAAACUCGUCUUCUUUCCUGAGGGCACUUUUAAUAUUGAAGGCAUUAUGUGACCAAAUUAGUUGUAAAAAUUGUAUACUGUAUCAUCAUAUUGUUCUCUCAGCACACCAUAAACAAGUUUGAUUCUAUUUGAAUUUCUUUAAAGCAAGGAGAUGAACCCUACAAAAUUUAGAAAGACUAUUGUUUGAGUCUAACUGAGAGUAGGAGGGAGACUCGGAUGAAAGGUGGGUGAGGAGAGUAAGCAACAAGGAAGUUAGGGGAUAGGAAAUUCUUAGAGAUAAAGCUCUUCGUAAGUAGAGUGAGAGUAAAAAUGUGAUCCCCUCACCCACCGGAGUAAAUGUCAUAUUUAUAGGCUACAUGGUGGUGAGUGAGUUAUUUAACGUGACAUUACUAUUGACAUGUCAGGAGUUUAGGCCAAACCUCUACCUAGGACUAGAAGAUUUGUCCAUGAUUAUACCUAGGACUAUGAUGUGACCACUCUUCGGGGAAUGCGGCGUGGUUUUCAUGGUUUCUUGGUCUGGUCAAAUCUUGAUUGAAACGUCAUCGUUCGGAGUCUGAGAUCUUCGUCCGCGAGUGCGACCUUCGCUGCGGCCGUGAUCCUCGCACAUCUACGACCUUGGUUGCAAUGGUACUAACGCGCCUGACUCUUCUGGGGCGGUGCCAGGAUGCUUCCUUGUCGCGACUAGACCCGAGCCAUACACCCAACAACUAUACAGAUAUGGACUAUACCCUUCCCCAUGAAAUAGUAUAAACCAACCUGUUCUAA